AUGUCUUUCAAGUCCACAAUUAUAGCUGCAGCUGCUCUUCUUGCAUCUGUCAAUGCCCACAUAAAAAUCACGCAGCCGGUGCCUUUCAGCGUCGCAACGCUGGAUACAGCUCCAAUCACUAAAUCACAAUACCCUUGCAAGAGCAACUUGGGCUUCACAGUCUCUACCAUAAACUCCAUGAAAGUCGGAGAACCACAGACUAUUAAGUUUUCCGGGACAGCGGUCCACGGCGGUGGCUCUUGCCAACUUUCCGUGACUACUGAUCCAGAACCAACUGAGAAUUCGAUCUUCAAGGUCAUCAAGUCGAUCGAAGGUGGCUGCCCAGGCGUGGACGGUACAACCAACGAAUACGAGUUCACCCUUCCUGACAGCAUCCCCAACGGAAAAGCUACUUUUUCAUGGACCUGGCUACCCAAGCUGAGUGGUGGACCAGAGAUGUACAUGAAUUGUGCGGCCAUCGAGGUGACCGGUGGCGCCAGCGACGACUCUGCAUUCAAACAGCUGCCGGAUAUGCUCAAGGCGAACCUCGAUCAGACCUGCAAAUCCGAGGCAAACUUCGCUGUGAGUUACCCCAGCCCUGGAACAGCUGUACAAAAGGGUUCAACAAACGAUGCGAAGCCCCCUGUCGGCGAAGCCUGUGGCCUUUCAUCGGGCACUGAUCCCGCCGAGCCCUCUGGCUCUGCUGGAGUCGAGCCUCCCGCUGUACCUACAUCACCACCAUCUGGCCAAAAUCCCCCCACAGAUACACCCACCACACCUUCCACACCCUCUUCCCCCUCCGAAGGUGGCAGCUCAGACACCUGCACCACCAACGGCGCCAUCAUAUGCAACGGCACGACGAAAUUCGGCCUCUGCAACGCUGGAAAAGUGGUCUGGCAGGAUGUUGCUGCGGGCACGACAUGUACCAACGGCGUCAUUGCGAAGCGUGGAUAUAACGGUCGUAUUGCCCGACCACGUUUGAGCAGCCCUGUGGACGUUUAG